AUACCAAAAUACGAAAGUGCCCUAUGAUCAAAUUUCGUGAUUCAUUCUUUUGUUCUUCAAAUUCUAUUGAUUUCUAUUCCUCCUUUCUCCCGGAGAAGAGAGGCGGUCAGAGGCUCGAGAUUUUCCGGCGAACAAUUCUGUGAUUUUCUUCCCCUCCUCCGCUUGCCCUGCUUUAGCGUUUCGAAGGAAAAGCAUGGCUUGUGUGUACAUACCGGUACAGAACUCGGAGGAGGAGGUCAGAGUAGCUCUCGAUCAACUCCCCAGAGACGCUUCCGACAUUCUCGACAUACUCAAGGCCGAGCAAGCUCCGUUAGAUCUCUGGCUAAUCAUCGCGAGGGAAUACUUCAAGCAAGGAAAACUGGAACAAUUCCGACAAAUUCUGGAGGAAGGGUCGAGUCCAGAAAUCGAUGAAUACUAUGCUGAUGUUAGAUAUGAAAGAAUCGCAAUCUUGAAUGCCUUAGGUGCUUACUACAGCUAUCUUGGAAAAAUUGAGACAAAACAACGAGAAAAAGAAGAACAUUUCAUUUUGGCCACACAAUAUUACAACAAAGCGUCAAGAAUUGAUAUGCAUGAACCUUCAACUUGGGUCGGAAAAGGUCAGCUUUUAUUGACCAAAGGGGAAGUAGAACAGGCAUUUGCUGCAUUCAAGAUUGUUUUAGAUGGAGAUCGUGACAAUGUUCCUGCUCUUCUAGGUCAAGCAUGUGUUGAAUUCAACCGUGGACAUUAUUCUGAAUCAUUAGAGCUGUACAAGAGGGCCUUGCAAGUGUAUCCUGAUUGCCCUGCUGCUGUAAGACUUGGCAUAGGCCUUUGCCGCUACCAAUUAAAACAAUAUGGAAAAGCUCAGCAAGCAUUUGAGAGAGUGUUGCAGUUGGAUCCAGAAAAUGUUGAGGCUCUUGUUGCUCUAGCAAUCAUUGAUCUGAACACAAAUGAAGCUGGUCGAAUCAGAAAUGGGAUGGAAAAGAUGCAGAGGGCAUUUGAAAUAUACCCUUUUUGUGCAAUGGCUCUGAAUUACUUGGCAAAUCACUUUUUCUUUACUGGCCAACACUUUUUGGUGGAGCAAUUGACUGAAACUGCACUUGCCAUUACCAACCAUGGGCCUACAAAGUCUCAUUCUUUUUAUAAUCUUGCUCGAUCUUACCAUAGCAAGGGAGACUAUGAGAAAGCUGGUUUGUACUACAUGGCAUCUGCAAAGGAAGCUAAUAAACCCCGUGAGUUUGUAUUUCCUUAUUAUGGUUUGGGUCAGGUUCAAUUGAAGAUGGGAGAUCUUAGAAGUGCAUUAUCAAACUUUGAGAAAGUUUUGGAGGUUUAUCCCGACAAUUGUGAGACAUUGAAAGUACUUGGUCAUAUUUAUGUUCAACUUGGACACGCUGAGAAGGCCCAGGAAUCUUUAAGGAAAGCUACAAAAAUUGAUCCACGUGAUGCACAGGCUUUUUUAGAUCUUGGAGAAUUGUUGAUUUCAACUGAUGAAGGUGCUGCUUUGGAUGCCUUCAAAACUGCCAGCAUUCUCUUGAGAAAGGGAGGUCAAGAAGUACCUAUUGAAGUGCUCAACAAUCUUGGGGUUCUUCACUUUGAAAGAGAAGAGUUUGAGCUUGCGGAGAAAAUUUUCAAGGAGGCUUUAGGUGAUGGAAUUUGGCUAGAUUUUAUUGAUGGUAAAGUGAGAUGCCCUGCUAUUGAAGCAAGUGCGUCUGUUCUUCAAUACAAGGACGUGGAAUUAUUUUAUCAACUGGAGAGGGAAGGUCGUUCAAUUGUACUACCAUGGAAGAAAGUCACAAGUCUAUUUAACCUGGCUCGAUUAUUAGAGCAAUUGCAUAAAAUUGAAGUUGCAAGUGUACUCUACCGCUUGAUUUUGUUUAAGUAUCCAGACUAUGUAGAUGCUUACCUGAGGCUUGCAUCCAUUGCAAAAGCUAGAAAUUAUGUUCAAUUAAGCAUCGAAUUGGUUAAUGAUGCUCUGAAAGUGAAUGACAAGUGCUCAAAUGCCUUGUCUAUGCUUGGCGAGCUUGAGUUAAAAAAUGAUGAUUGGGUUAGGGCAAAAGAAACUUUCCGGGCUGCAGGUGAAGCCACUGAUGGAAAGGAUUCUUAUGCAACUCUUUCUCUGGGGAACUGGAACUACUUUGCUGCACUUCGAAAUGAAAAAAGAAAUCCCAAGUUGGAGGCUACUCAUUUGGAAAAAUCCAAGGAACUAUAUACAAGGGUUCUGGUACAACAUCCAGCUAAUUUGUAUGCUGCUAAUGGAGCUGGGGUAAUCUUGGCUGAAAAAGGUCAAUUCGAUGUUUCAAAAGAUAUUUUUACACAAGUUCAAGAAGCUGCAAGUGGGAAUAUUUUUGUUCAGAUGCCAGAUGUGUGGAUCAAUUUGGCACAUGUCUAUUUUGCUCAAGGAAAUUUUUCAUUAGCUGUUAAAAUGUAUCAAAAUUGCUUGCGGAAGUUUUAUUACAAUACGGAUUAUCAAAUUCUUCUAUAUCUAGCUCGUACAUAUUAUGAAGCCGAACAAUGGCAAGACUGCAAAAAGACCCUACUAAGAGCUAUCCACUUGGCACCUUCAAAUUACACUUUAAGAUUUGAUGCUGGUGUAGCAAUGCAGAAGUUUUCAGCUUCAACACUACAAAAGACAAAAAGGACAGCAGAUGAGGUGCGCUCAACAGUAGCGGAGUUGGAAAAUGCUGUUCGUGUUUUUAGUCAGUUAUCUGCAGCUUCCAACCUCCACUUUCAUGGCUUUGAUGAGAAGAAGAUUGAUACUCAUGUUGGUUACUGUAAGCACUUACUGGAGGCUGCAGGAGUUCACCUCAAAGCAGCAGAACAUGAAGAGCAGCAGAUCCGUCAAAGACAAGAACUUGCACGUCAAGUUGCAUUGGCGGAGGAUGCCCGCCGUAAGGCAGAUGAGCAAAGGAAAUUUCAAUUGGAGAGGAGAAAACUGGAAGAUGAGGAAAAACGGAUGAUGCAACAGGAGCAGCAUUUUAAACGUGUGAAGGAGCAAUGGAAGAGCACCACACCUGGUAAACGAAGAGAGAGGUCAGAGAUUGAUGAUGAUGAAGCUGGUAAUAGUGAGAAGAGGAGAAGGAAAGGUGGAAAGAGGAGAAAGAAAGACAGGAAGGGGAAAUCACAUUAUGAGACAGAGGAGGCUGACAAUGAUAUGAUGGAUGAUCAAGAACUAGACAACGGAGAUAAUAACAUAAGUUAUAGGGAAUCCCGGAGCCAAAUGAAUGAUCAGGGAGAUGAUUUAGAAGGGAAUGAUCAAGAUGUUCUUGCUGAAGCUGGGCUUGAAGAUUCUGAUGCUGAGGAUGAAGCGGGUGUACCUUCAUCCAAUGCUGCCAGACGAAGGGCCACCUGGUCGGAAUCUGAAGAGGAUGAGCCUAAGGAUACACAGCGAGAGUCAAGACUUCAAAGAGAAAACUCUGCAGGACUUGAGGAUAGUGAUGGAGAAAUCAGAUGAGAUAGCAAUAAUCCAAACUGGAUACCAUCAUUGACUCUCAAACUUGGUUCAGGAGUUUAAUAGAUAUCCCAAUCACGUCGUACCAGCUGCCCUUAAAGUUAAGGUGAAAGGAAGCAACUUGAUGGAUUAUUACAACUACAUUGGCUGCUUCUACUGCCAGCGUCCUGAGGCAUCAAUGUCUUGACUAAACCUUUUGUGAUGUUACGGCCAAAAGAAAAGUAAAUUUAAAAUAUCUCUCUCUCUCACCUGAUAAGCCCCUCAACUUAGUGAAGUUUGUUCUGUAUUUAUGUAGUUAGUGGUUCUAUAACAAUUGGAAAUUAGAUAGAGAGAUGGACUGAUGACUUGCAUUCAGGACUAACACGAGUAGAGUAAAGAAAUUGUAUUUCUUGUUUAUCAUGUAAUUUUUACCGUUGAUUAAUUAGUAGAAAAAAAGAGGGGUUUUGUUUUUCUGUAACAGGUUAUUAAAGAUUUUCGAAGGUUGCCUUGACUCC